GGUCAUGGUAAUAUUCGACCAAAAACAGCAAGUCGAUGUUACAAGUGGGCCCUUCGCGUCACAGGAGCAGGGAGCAGCUUUGAGAUCUACUCGUCGGCGAGGUGAGCGACGCAGAUAGUACGGUAAGCACUCCCUCAACUCGCUGCCGUGAGCAUCGGGCAGAGAUAACUAUUCUUAGGGCUCGACACUAGAGCACUUCUCGUAUGCUGAGGACCCUCGGUAUCUAUCGUCACACACGGAUCUACCAGAAAGCGUGCUCAACACCAUCCGCGCGACGGCGAUUCUCGCAUUCUGGCAUCAUGCUCGGGAGACAAAGCCGGACGAUGUCGGUGGCUAUGGAGGAAGCCAGGUGGAACAGGCUCGCGGAUCAUAUGCAAUCGUUCCAUAAUCACUUCAAGGUCGAAUUCGAUAACAUCUACAAGUUAGCAGACGGCUCCUUCAACAAUAGGGGGAUGUCAUUGCAGAUGUAUCUUCGGGUAUGCAGCCAACUCGCAAGACAUUUGACGACGCAUCACACCAUUGAGGAGCGAUACAUCUUCCCCGUGCUCGCUGAGCGCAUGCCGGAAUUCCGGGACGACGAAGUACAUCUCAAGGCUCAUCACGGUAUACACGAGGGCCUUGACAAGCUGAGUGCGCUCAUUAGCAAAUGGAACAAGGACCCGACGACGUUUAGUCCCACGGAAAUGAGGGCUUGCCUUGACAGCUGGAGAGAAGUUCUCUUCGUGCACCUUGAUCAAGAGGUCAAGGACCUAGGCGCGGAGAAUGUGAAGAGAUACUGGACACUAGAGGAGCUGGAUAAAAUCCCGAUGUAACGCGGCGCGCAACGCAAGAAUGGUGGAACUUAAUAGUUACAAGUAUAUAGAAGUCUAUCUAUGCAUCAUAUGGUAUGCAUGCCGAGCGCACAUCCAAUGCAUUGCAUACUAGAGUCCACAAGUGCAACCGUCGCUGAAUGCAUCCUUUUAAC